AGAAGGUAAGUCCUAAGACUCAACAAUCAUAGCACAAUUAAAAUGGCUUUUAAUCUCCUUUCCCAGUUGCCUAUUUGUUCUCUUGUACGUUUACCACCUAGUCCUGUGAUCUCAGCAGUUGUGGGCCAUGGAAAUGUGGCCAGGAAGAUCAGACGGUCAGCAAGCACUCAAACUCACGAGCCUGACUGCACUUUGAGGCGAUCGGGGAAUUACCAACCGAGCAUCUGGAGCAACGACUUCAUACAAUCGUUGAAGAGUGAUUACAAGGGUGAAGUUUACGCAGAACGGAUUGAGGAGCUGAAGGAAGCUGCGAGACGUUGUCUUGAAGAAGCAGAUGGGCCACUAGCCCAACUCGAGUUGAUCGACGAUCUCCAGCGUCUAGGGGUGGGCCGUCUCUUCGAGAAGGAGAUCGACGGUAAGCUAAAGGCCAUAUACAUGGGUGAGAAAGAAAUGGUAACAGAGGGUGAUAUCCAUUCUACAGCUCUCUACUUUAGGCUUCUAAGAGAACAUGUUUUUGAGGUAUCACCAGAAAUAUUAAGAAGAUUCAAGGAUGAGACGGGUAGUUUCCGAGCGGGCCUCUGUGACGACCCGAUCGGUCUAUUGAGCCUAUAUGAAGCUUCAUACCAUGGUCUGGAUGGAGAAACUAUCUUGGAUGAGGCUAAAGCCUUCACAAGCAAACAUCUCAGAGAACUCAAGCACAUACAAGGAAACAUUGCAAUGCAGGUAGAUCAUGCAUUGGAGCUUCCGGUGCAUUGGAGAAUGACAAGGUUGGAGGCUAGAUGGUACGUAGACUUCUACGAGAAAAAGGAAGGAAUGAAUCCUAUCUUACUUCAACUAGCUAAGCUGGAUUUCAACAUGGUUCAAAGUAAUUACCAAAGAGAGCUUAGGAAGGUCUCAAGAUGGUGGGACAACUUGGGACUUGCAAAGAAGUUGAGCUUUGCUAGAGACCGUCUGGUGGAGGAUUACUUAUGGUCCAUGGGAAUAGUCUUUGAGCCUCGGUUCGGACAUUGCAGGGAAGUGCUUACAGGACUUCUUCAAUUCAUCACAACCGUGGAUGAUAUGUACGACGUUUAUGGUUCGUUGGAUGAAUUGGAACUAUUUACAGAUGCAGUUGAUAGGUGGGACAUUAAUACCAUUGAACGACUCCCAGAAUACAUGAGGAUAUGUUUUCUAGCUCUUUACAACAGCACCCACGAUGCGGCCUACGUGAUUUUAAGGGAACAUGGUUUGGAUAUCAUCCCAUAUCUGAGUAAAGCGUGGGCAAAUUAUUGCAAAGCAGGCUUAGUGGAGGCAAAAUGGUACAACAGCAGCUACACGCCCACACUCAAGGAGUACCUUAACAAUGCAUGGAUUUCGAUAUCAGGCCCCAUCGUACUAAUUCAUACAUUUUUCUUACUGGGACAAAAACCAUCCAAGGAGUCCAUUGAUUGCUUGACGAAUGAUCAAAAUCUCAUCCGUUCAUCAUCCCUUAUUUUCCGACUCAACGAUGAUUUGGGAACUUCAACGGAUGAAUUAGCAAGAGGUGAUGUUCCGAAAUCCAUCCAAUGUUACAUGCAUGAAGUUGGCGUUUCAGAGGAAAUAGCGAGGGAGCACAUCAAAGGUGUAAUUAGUGACUUGUGGAAGAAAAUGAACCAACAUCGGGCUACUCUUUCUGCAUUACCUAAGUCUUUCAUUGCUGCUGCAUUUGAUUUACCGCGGAUGUCUACUUGUGCGUACCUUUAUGGAGAUGGAUUCGGUGUCCCUGACCGGGAAACCAAGGACAUUGUCAUGUCACUGGUGGUUGAACCAAUUCGGCUUUAGGAAAUAUAAUUAGCAUGCUUUGGUUAAUGUUAAUGUUACGUGCUAGCAUUUGCUAUAUUGGUAAUCCCGACCGUUUAAUAUGUAGUUCGCCUUUUGAUAAUACUUACUCCUAAAUUCUCACCGAUUAAAU